AUGAAAAACAAACAUAAUGAAACUCUUAAAGCACAAAAGCAAAGAGAUCUAGUUUAUACUGAUUACAGUAAUAGAACUGUGAAUAUUGUGAAGAAUGAGAAAAUAGAAGAGAUGAUCAGACUACAGAACUGGAGACCUAGCGGUGUCUGUAGUAUUUCCUCUGGUGAACUCCCGGUUAUCAUGGAUAGUGAUCAUUACAAAAAAUCAAAAGCUGUCCGUUACUCUGGUUCCACUGAGAAACAAACCAUUCAGUUUGAUGAUAAAGGCAACUCUCUAUAUUCACAAAGUCUUUUAUUCAAACACAUUACGGAGAACAGAAAACUGGGUAUCUGUAUUGCUGGAGCUGUAGUGGUGGUCAAUCAGGCCGGGAAACUGAGAUUCAGGUACACUGAACAUACUCCUGCUCCAAAGAACCAACCAUUUAGUCCACUAGAAAUCACCACAGACAGUCAGAGUCACAUCCUUACAGCUGAUAACAACAAUGCCUGUGUCUACAUCAUAGACUAG